AGGCCGGGACUAAAGGAAGAGGAGGAGUCCCCGCUCAGCCACUUCCUCCGCUGAUCGGACCCGAGCGGCAGCAGAAAGAAGACUCUCUGAGAUUAUCGAUUUUCAGAUUGCUGAGGCUCUGCUGGUAAUCUGGACUGUUUCCUGCAGAAUACACGAGAAGCUGCUUCGCCAUGGACGUUACGACAAGUUCCAGAGCAAGAACCUGCAACUUACCAGCUCCACUGGACCUGGAUACAGGGUGAACUCCUCAGAGCUGCUGCUGUCGAGUUAAAUCAACGACAUGGUCGAGACGUUGGCGGUCACCGAAAUGGUCGAGAGACGUUGGCGGUCACCGAAAUGGUCGAGAGACGUUGGCGGUCACCGAAAUGGUCGAGAGACGUUGGCGGUCACCGAAAUGGUCGAGAGACGUUGGCGGUCACCGAAAUGGUCGAGAGACGUUGGCGGUCACCGAAAUGGUCGAGACGUUGGCAGUCACCGAAAUGGUCGGGAGACGUUGGCGGUCACCGAAAUGGUCGGGAGACGUUGGCGGUCACCGAAAUGGUCGGGAGACGUUGGCGGUCAACAAAAUGGUCGAGAGACGUUGGCGGUCAACAAAAUGGUCGAGAGACGUUGGCGGUCAACAAAAUGGUCCAGAGACGUUGGCGGUCAACAAAAUGGUCCAGAGACGUUGGCGGUCAACAAAAUGGUCCAGAGACGUUGGCGGUCAACAAAAUGGUCCAGAGACGUUGGCGGUCAACAAAAUGGUCCAGAGCUGUCGAUAAUUGGAGCCCCAGAAGCUGGGGGAAUUCCACAGAACUGCUGCUGUCGAGUUUAAUCAACCAAAUCGUCCAGAGACGACGGUCGGCGCCCCAGAAUCUGGCUGGACGUAAUGAGGAAUGUCUCUAUCUCCGAGUCGAUCACCUGAAACUCAGCAGGCUGGAGGUGUCAGCUGGCCGUGAUGCUGGUGAUGCUGGUUAUUACCUGGGUGAACUCCUCAGAGCUGCUGCUGUCGAGUUAAAUCAACAAAAUGGUCCAGAGACGUUGGCGGUCACCGAAAUGGUCCAGAGACGUUGGCGGUCAACGAAAUGGUCCAGAGACGUUGGCGGUCAACGAAAUGGUCCAGAGACGUUGGCGGUCAACGAAAUGGUCCAGAGACGUUGGCGGUCAACGAAAUGGUCCAGAGACGUUGGCGGUCAACGAAAUGGUCCAGAGACGUUGAUAAUUGGAGCCCCAGAAGCUGGGGGAAUUCCACAGAACUGCUGCUGUCGAGUUUAAUCAACCAAAUCGUCCAGAGACGACGGUUGGCGCCCCAGAAUCUGGUCGACCCUACACCAGGAGUUGGACUUCAUCAAUUUCUCUUCCACAAAGAUUUUUACAAAUGCAAUCUUUACAAAUAAAGAUCCAAUGGUUGCAAACUGAA